UAAAAAUUUAUUACAUAUAAAUAGGAAUGUGAUUUAAACAUACAAAGAGUGACAUCUCUGACAAAUUGUGCUUAUAAAAUUCACUGCUAUGUUUACAUUUCUUAAGGGACACAGUUAUUUCUACUACCAGAAGGUUGCUACCAGUAACGCGAGUGAUAACUUAUGUUGAUUAUUCACACCGUUUUCUUCAUCCAUAAAAUAUGGAGAUUGGGACUAAAUAAUCUGUUAAGGUUCUUCUGAAAUUCUAUGAUCACGUAUAAUACCCAGCACAAGACCAAGUUCAAAAAUGUCAAUACAGGAAACAAAUCAGUCUGUAAAUAUUGAGAACCUAUGUUAUCAAAGCUAAUGUCUUCUGAAAUAACUGGAAGUAAAGAUGAAAGUAUAUGAAAGAUAAUUUUGAAUGUUCUGUAUUUAGAAUGUGCUUCAACAUUUAAUGUGAUCUAAUUUACAUAUCCUUUCUGGUGCUAUUGCAAGUUUUAACAGGGUUUUACCGCAAGAGAAGACUAUGAUGAAUUCGAAUGGGACACAUUUGCUUCUGUGGAGUUACGAUUCAAACUGAAUGUGUAAUAUAGGAAAGCAACAUAUACAACAAGCAAAAGUGAUUUUAGAAAUAACAGAACGCGGGACAAAAUUCACACACGGAAAAUGAUACGGAUAACAAAAGCAGGUAACUCACAGAAAUGCGGCUAGAAAAGAGGCCUCUGCUGGAGCGAGAGCAAAUAGAAUCAGAGGGCAUUAGAACUGAAAAGCUCCUAGGAGCUUUCAGUGAACAAAACUUCGUAGCCAAAAAAGCACAGGACUGGGCCAGGAGUUGAGAGACAGUCUUGGAGCUCAGGGGUUUGCAGCCCUAGCCGUGUGGUCACUCCCUUGCUUCUCUGGCUAUUUCCUUAUCUAUAAAAUCGGUGGGUUAGUUUAGGCCGACUGAGACACAGACAGGGAUACGGUACUGUUCAUGGACCUCUGAGCUGCCCUUUCCACAUCGCUGGUGAGUUACUUAAACCUCCCGUGUGUUUCCCCAUUUCGUAUGUCAAAAUAAUAACAUAAAAUCAGAAUGUAAAUCCAGACGCAUUGUUUUGCUGCGAUUAAGUUGAGCGAAAAUAGCAAGGACGAAGUAAGGAGAGAACCACACUACCCGCGGCAUAACGCGUCCCGCGGCAGAGUGAGCUGGAGGCGUGUCGUCGCGGAGGGGCGCGGCGAACCCGCCAGGAGGCGGAAGAGACCGCCCCGUGGGCGGAAGUGACGCAAGGCCUACUGUGGGCUGUGAGGGGAGGUGUAGCCGGUCUUUGGGGGUAGGCGGUAGUGGCGGAAGAGGUUCGGCGGCUGAUGGCGGAUCAGGAUCGGAAGCCUGUGUAACUUUCUCCCUUGAUCCGGGAGUCUUUCCACUGGAUUCACAAUGACAUCCUUUCAAGAAGUCCCAUUACAGACUUCCAACUUUGCCCAUGUCAUCUUUCAAAAUGUGGCCAAGAGUUACCUUCCUAAUGCACACCUGGAAUGUCAUUACACCUUAACUCCAUAUAUUCAUCCACAUCCAAAAGAUUGGGUUGGUAUAUUCAAGGUUGGAUGGAGUACUGCUCGUGAUUAUUACACGUUUUUAUGGUCCCCUAUGCCUGAACAUUAUGUGGAAGGAUCAACAGUCAAUUGUGUACUAGCAUUCCAAGGAUAUUACCUUCCAAAUGAUGAUGGAGAAUUUUAUCAGUUCUGUUACGUUACCCAUAAGGGUGAAAUUCGUGGAGCAAGUACACCUUUCCAGUUUCGAGCUUCUUCUCCGGUUGAAGAGCUGCUUACUAUGGAAGAUGAAGGAAAUUCUGACAUGUUAGUGGUGACCACAAAAGCAGGCCUUCUUGAGUUGAAAAUUGAGAAAACCAUGAAAGAAAAAGAAGAACUGUUAAAGUUAAUUGCCGUUCUGGAAAAAGAAACAGCACAACUUCGAGAACAAGUUGGGAGAAUGGAAAGAGAACUUAACCAUGAGAAAGAAAGAUGUGACCAAUUGCAAGCAGAACAAAAGGGUCUUACUGAAGUAACACAAAGCUUAAAAAUGGAAAAUGAAGAGUUUAAGAAGAGGUUCAGUGAUGCUACAUCCAAAGCCCACCAGCUUGAGGAAGAUAUUGUGUCAGUAACACAUAAAGCAAUUGAAAAAGAAACUGAAUUAGACAGUUUAAAGGACAAACUCAAGAAGGCGCAACAUGAAAGAGAACAACUUGAAUGUCAGUUGAAGACAGAGAAGGAUGAGAAGGAACUUUAUAAGGUACAUUUGAAGAAUACAGAAAUAGAGAAUACCAAGCUUAUGUCGGAGGUCCAGACUUUAAAAAAUUUAGAUGGGAACAAAGAAAGCGUGAUUACUCAUUUCAAAGAAGAGAUUGGCAGGCUGCAGUUAUGUUUGGCUGAAAAGGAAAAUCUGCAAAGGACUUUCCUGCUUACAACCUCAAGUAAAGAAGAUACUUUUUUUUUAAAGGAGCAACUUCGUAAAGCAGAGGAACAGGUUCAGGCAACUCGGCAAGAAGUUGUCUUUCUGGCUAAAGAACUUAGUGAUGCUGUCAACGUACGAGACAGAACGAUGGCAGACCUGCAUACUGCACGCUUGGAAAACGAGAAAGUGAAAAAGCAGUUAGCUGAUGCAGUGGCAGAACUUAAACUAAAUGCUAUGAAAAAAGAUCAGGACAAGACUGAUACACUGGAACAUGAACUAAGAAGAGAAGUUGAAGAUCUGAAACUCCGUCUUCAGAUGGCUGCAGACCAUUAUAAAGAAAAAUUUAAGGAAUGCCAAAGGCUCCAAAAACAAAUAAACAAACUUUCAGAUCAAUCAGCUAAUAAUAAUAAUGUCUUCACAAAGAAAAUGGGGAAUCAGCAGAAAGUGAAUGAUGCUUCAGUAAACACAGACCCAGCCACUUCUGCCUCUACUGUAGAUGUAAAGCCAUCACCUUCUGCAGCAGAGGCAGAUUUUGACAUAGUAACAAAGGGGCAAGUCUGUGAAAUGACCAAAGAAAUUGCUGACAAAACAGAAAAGUAUAAUAAAUGUAAACAACUCUUGCAGGAUGAGAAAGCAAAAUGCAAUAAAUAUGCUGAUGAACUUGCAAAAAUGGAGCUGAAAUGGAAAGAACAAGUGAAAAUUGCUGAAAAUGUAAAACUUGAACUAGCUGAAGUACAGGACAAUUAUAAACUUCAAUUGGCAGAGAAAGACAAAGAAAUAAGUGGUCUGAUUUCACAUUUGGAAAACCUCUCCAGGGAGAAGGAACUUAAAAGGAGUCUAGAAAAUCAAGCAGAAAGGAAAAUGGAAGAUGGAGCAGAUGGUGCUUUUUACCCAGAUGAAAUACAAAGGCCACCUGUGAGAGUCCCCUCCUGGGGACUGGAAGACAAUGUUGUCUGCAGCCAGCCUGCUCGAAACCUUAGUCGGCCUGAUGGCUUAGAGGACUCUGAGGAUAGCAAAGAAGAUGAGAAUGCGCCUACUGCUCCUGAUCCUCCAAGUCAACAUUUACGUGGACAUGGGACAGGCUUUUGCUUUGAUUCCAGCUUUGAUGUUCACAAGAAGUGUCCCCUCUGUGAGUUAAUGUUUCCUCCUAAUUAUGAUCAGAGCAAAUUUGAAGAACAUGUUGAAAGUCACUGGAAGGUGUGUCCGAUGUGCAGCGAGCAGUUCCCUCCUGACUACGACCAGCAGGUGUUUGAAAGGCAUGUGCAGACCCAUUUUGAUCAGAAUGUUCUGAAUUUUGACUAGUUACUUUUUAUUAUGAGUUAAUAUAGUUUAGCAGUUAAAAAAAAAAAAAAAAUCACCUAAAAUAGACCACUGAGGAGACCAUAGAGCGAUACUUUCAUGCACCGUUUACUGCACUUUCUGACCAGGAGCUACUUUGAGUUCGGUGUUACUAGGAUCAGGGUCAAUCUUUGGCUUAUCAAUAAAUUUUAAUCUCUGUUAAUCUUACCUGCUUUAAAAAAAAGUUCUUGAGUGUUCAUAUCUUUAUUUAUUCCCUAGUUUGCAGAAUUGUCUGAAUAAAGGAUACAAGGAUUAUUUCAAUGUUACUGCACUGAAAAAUGUGUAUGCAUUAGUGUGCUAGAUUAUUUAGCAGAAUAUUCACAAGUUUCUGUUGCCCUUGUUGAUUGAGCAUGACUACUAAAUAUUAUGUAAUAAAAAGCAUUUAUCAUAA